AACUUACUGACACUCACUGUCGUCUAGAGGUGAAAUGGCGCAGCAGGUGAUUCAGCUGGAUCCAGAAAAACUGAGCUGUUCAGUCUGUCUGGAUCUACUGAAGGAUCCGGUGACUAUUCCCUGUGGACACAGCUACUGCAUGAGCUGUAUUGAAGACCGCUGGGAUGAGGAGAAUGAGAAGAAGAAAACACACAGCUGCCCUCAGUGCAGGCAGAGCUUCACACUGAGGCCUGACCUGGUGAAAAACACCAUGUUAGCAGAGUUGGUGGAGGAACUGAAGAAAUUUGGACUUCAUGCUGUUUCACCUGAUCAGUCCUUUGCAGGACCUGAAGACGUGGCCUGUGAUUUCUGCUCUGGGAUAAAGGUAAAAGCCUUCAAGUCCUGUCUGGUGUGUAUGGCCUCUUACUGUGAGCAACACCUGCAGCCUCACUACAAUGUAGCUCCGUUAAAGAAACACAAGCUGGUUGAAGCCACUUCAGAGCUGGAGGAGAACAUCUGCUCUCACCACGACGAGGUGAUGAAGAUCUUCUGCCGCACUGAUCAGCAGUGUAUCUGUUAUCUCUGCCUCAUGGAUGAUCAUAAAGGCCAUGACACAGUCUCAGCUGCAGCAGAGAGGGCUGAGAGGCAGACGGAGCUCGGGGUGAGUCGCCAAAGAAUCCAACAGAGAGUCCAGGACAGAGAAAAAGAUGUCAAGGUGCUUCAGCAGAGGGUGGAGGCUAUCAAUCUCUCUGCUGAUGAAGCUGUGAGGGACAGUGAGAAGAUCUUCACUGAUUUGAUCCGUCUCAUUGAGAAAAGGUGCUCUGAGGUGAAGCAGCAGAUCAGAUCCCAGCAGAAAACUCAAGUGAGUCGAGCUAAAGAGCUCGAGGAGAAGCUGCAGCAGGAGAUCACUGAGCUGCAGAGGAAAGACACUGAGCUGGAGAAGCUCUCACGCACAGAGGAUCACCCACAUUUCCUAAACAACUACCCCUCACUGUCACGUCUGAGUGAGUCUGAAGACUUACCCAGCAUUGAUAUCUGUCCUCUGCGCUCUUUAAAGGAUGUGACAGCAGCGGUGUCAAAGGCCAGAGAUAAACUGCAGGCUGUUCUGAGUGAGGAGUGGACAAAGAUCUCACUGGCAGUGACUGAAGUGGAUGUUUCACUGCCUCGAGCAGAGCCCAGAACCAGAGCUGAAUUUAUGAGAUAUUCCUGUGAAAUCACACUGGAUCCAGAUACAGCACACAGGCGUUUGUCAUUGAGUAACAGAAAAGCAACAUUAAUGGCAGCAGACCAGAAAUACUUGGAUCACUCAGACAGAUUUGAUGAAAGAUGGCAGGUCCUGAGUAGAGAGGGUCUGACUGGACGUUGUUACUGGGAGGUGAAGUGGAGCGGGACAGUUGAUAUAGCAGUUGCACACAGGGAUAUUAGCAGAGCAGGGACCGGAGAUGAAUGUGGAUUUGGAUAUAACAACAAAUCUUGGUCAUUAGAAUGUAACAGUGACAGUUAUACAUUCAGACAUAACAACAUUGUUACUUCCAUCUCAGGCCCUCAGUCCUCCACAAUAGGAGUGUAUCUGGAUCACAGGGCAGGUACUCUGUCUUACUACAGCGUCUCUGAAACCAUGACUCUCCUUCACAGAGUCCAGACCACGUUCACUCAGCCUCUCUAUGCUGGAUUUUGGCUUUCAGAUAGUCCUGGAGACACUGCUGAGUUGUGUGAGCUCAAGUAGACAGGAGUUUAAAGAGUGAGGGAUCUCUGUACAGUAAAUGUUGAGGUGUGUUUGCACUUCAGAGAUCAUAGUGUGUGGGACUGUGAUGUUUUUUCUUGGAUUUUUUGCUGUUUUGUUUGUGUCACAGACGUUCAGUGAAAUUUCUUUUUUAAUUUGCCAGAUGGGGAUUAAAAUGUCUUUAUUGUUGAAAUGUAAUUCUUAUAUUUUCCAAACAUUAACAUUGUAUACUGUACAUGAAAAAAUAUUGUGAAUGCUGUAUAUAGUUUUGAGAAGAGUUCACUUUAGCUGUACCAUAUCCUCAUGAACACAAUUUGUAUGAUUUAAAGUUUAUUUUUUGGUGCUCUUCAUACUGCAAUCUGUACUGCAUACUGCACUGUUGUAAUGAUAUGACAAAAUCGUAAUACUUUUUUUUGUAGCCAAAAAGAAAAACUGGUUUAAAUUUAACUGCAAUCUCUUGAAAAAAUAGUUUGCUAAUCAUAUUUUUAAGAGUUAUUUGAAGUGUCUUUGAGUGAUAACAUUUUAGAAAACCUUUAUGAAAUGUCAUUGUUCAAAAUAACCCAAAUAAAUAAAUAAAUAAAAGUUGA